GCCAGGUAGACGGAGAUGGAGUCGCACGGCUGAGACGCCAGGCAGUCGCCUAGCAACAGCGGGACGCGGAGCGAUGGAGACCAGCAGCAGGGAGCUCCAAGCCGCGGAGUAUUUGGAAAAGCAUCGGAUCAAGGAGCUGGUUAGCUACCUCACCAGCGCCCUCCUUUUCUUUCGGCCGGAAAAACCAAGAGAAUAUUUAAUAUCUCUAUUGGAACGACUGAGAAUUGCAAAAGUAACAGGCGUAGCGUUUCCUUUCUUUAUGGAUAACUCUAACAUUGUGGCUAUGUUUGAGAUGAUGGACUCCUCAGGCAGAGGCACCAUAUCAUUUGUGCAGUAUAAAGAAGCCCUAAAAACCCUGGGUCUGUGCACUGAAGAUGAAGAUUUACAAGAUGAUGGACAUAUAAUAACUUUGGAUAAAUUCAAGGAGGAAGUGAACAAGAGGAUGAAGGAAAUAUGGUCAGCAUUUUAAUAACACCAUAAAUCCAAGAUAAUAAGUAAUUCUAUAAAGUUUUCCAGUUUCAUUAAUUCAGAAUUUCAUCAUAUAACUUGAAAUCCAAUUGGCUUCCUCUUUCUUAGAAACAAAAACCAAAAAAGCCUUUUUCUGAAAGACAUUAUUUUCCAGUAUUAGGCCAAUUUGUCCUCAAAUUAAGUAGAAUCUCAACAUCUUGUUGAGCCAGUUUGUAAAUUCCAACUUCAUUUAAUGCUGCUGUGGCAGGAAGCUGCCCUGAAGCUGACUGCAGUACAUCUUUCAGGAGUAGUGCAGAACCGACGUUCAAAUUCAAAACAAUACAGGCUUCUUUUAUACUGUUUAGGGAAAACAAAGGAGGGAAAUGAGAUCUCCAUUAUCUGCAUCAAUUAUAUUAUAAUUAAUUUUGAGAAUCCUAAACAGCUUCUCUGCACUGCUGGUCCACAUGUUCUCUAUAAAAAUAUUUAUGGAUUUAUUAUUUGGUUCUUUUAACAUGGUAAGACUACACAGGUGCAGAGUUGCUAUUUCUUUAGAUUACUAUAAGGUAAUAGGAUCCCUAUUUCAAUAUGUAUCCAUUAUUUCCCUAAAUACAAUACUUAAUAUUAACACUAUAUUAAAUAUAGCUAUAACUUUAGGUAGAUUAGAAUAUGGGAAAAGAUAAAAAUAAGGGAUAAAAUGAAAGCAGCAGAAAGAACAUUAAAAUAAAUUUUAAAAACAGUCCUAUGAAACAUGUAAACAUAAGCUUUCAUUUUAUAAGUUUAAAAGGAAUGCUUUAUAACCUCACAAAACCCAAACAUAAUUUAAAUUUUACUUUUUUUUUUUUUUUGAGACAUGGUCUUGCUAUGUCACCUAGGCUGGAGUACAACUGCACAAUCAUAGCUCACUACAGCCUCGGCCUCUGCCUCUCAAGUAGCUAAGACUACAGGUCCACACCUCCACACCUGGCUUUUUUUGUUUGUUUGUUCAUUUUAACACUUUUUGUAGAGAUGGAGUCUUGCUAUGUUGCCCAGGCUGGUCUCAAACACCUGGCCUCAAGCAAUUCUCCCACCUCUGCCUCCCAAAGUACUGGGAUUACAGAUGUGGGCUACUAUGCCUGGCCUAUAAAUUUUAGAUCAACAAAUUCUGAAACUAUAAUUAUAUUUAGAACCAAAA